AUGCAGAUUGGGCUGAAGAUCCUUUUGAUCGUCGUUCCAUUACUGGGUAUUGCUUCUUUCUGGGUGAUUCACUCGUCUUCUGGCGCAUCCGCCUUCCUCUCCGCCCUCCCUCCAGGCGUCGACCACAUCCUCCUCCCGCCGGUCACCUUCGACGAUCUCCCGCCGGACGUCAAAAUCGAGACGCGCAUCUCCCUCACCGUCACCCGCUCCCUGCCCUCCAUCAACGCCGCCCUCAAAACCCUGAUCGACGGCGGCAGAAAGCCGGCGGCGCUCGUGGUCGACCUCUUCGGCACCGACGGGUUCGAGGCCGCCGCAGAAUUCAACAUCCCGCCGUACAUCUUCUUCCCGUCCACCGCCAUGACGCUGUCCCUGUUCCUCCAUCUCCCGAAUCUGGACGAAACGGUGUCGUCCGAGUACUGGGAGGUCGCCGAGAAGCUUCAGAUCCCGGGUUGCAUCCCGAUUCACGGCAGAGAUCUGCUGGACCCGGUCCAGGACAGGAAAAACGACGCCUACAAAUGGGUUCUCCACAACGCCAAGAGGUACCGCCUCGCCCGCGGGAUCAUUCUCAAUAGCUUCAAGGAGCUUGAGCCCGGCCCAAUUGAGUAUCUCCAGGGAAAAGAGUCCAAAAAUAACGGAAACCCAAGCGUUUACCCAAUUGGGCCUUUGGUUCAAACCGGGUCACCCAAACCCGAUUCGGAUGGGCCUAGUAUGAAGUGGUUGGACGAGCAGCCAAGCGGGUCAGUCCUAUUCAUCUCGUUCGGCAGCGGUGGGUCCCUAUCCCAGGAGCAAAUUACCGAGCUUGCCCUCGGGCUGGAGCUGAGCGAGCAGAGGUUCCUGUGGGUUCUUAGGCGCCCAAGCGGGUCGGACUCCAACCGAGACUACUUCAGCAUCAAGGACGCUGGCGACCCAUUGGCCUACCUGCCCGAGGGUUUUGUGGAGCGGACUAAAGGCCGGGGACUGGUUUUACCCCUGUGGGCCCCACAGGCGAAGAUCCUGGCUCACGGGUCGGUUUCGGCUUUCCUGACCCACUGUGGGUGGAACUCGAUUCUCGAGAGCGUGGCCAAUGGGGUGCCCAUGAUCGCGUGGCCCUUGUACGCGGAGCAGAGGAUGAAUGCGGUUUUGCUGCACGAGGAUGUGAAGGUGGCCCUGAGGCCCCGGGCUGGGGAAAACGGGUUAGUGGGUCGGGUCGAGAUUGCCAACGUGGUGAAGGGGUUGAUGGAAGGGGAGGAGGGGAAGAGGAUCCGGAGCCGUAUUAGGGAUUUGAAGAAUGCUGCGUGCAAUGCGCUGAGUGAGAAGGGGCAGUCGACGAAUGUACUAGCUCAACUGGCUGCUAAAUGGAACCCUGCUUCCAUUUGA